AUGAGUGGUAAGAUAACAAAGAAAUCAAAUAAGAGUGAAGUUGCUUCUUUAGCAGAAAAAAUCAGAGCGAAGGCUGUUGAAAACCAAAAGAAGGCACAAGAACCAAACCAAGGUAAAGAAUUAUCGGAAGAAGAACAUAUUCAAAAGAAAAAUAAGAAAGUAGAAUCCAAUGAUGAAGAAGCCGAGGAUAAUUUUACUGAAACUUUUGAAUCUUUCACUGAUUUGAAUUUGGUUCCAGAAUUAGUUCAAGCUUGUAAGAAUCUAAACUAUUCUAAACCAACUCCUAUCCAAUCCAAGGCUAUUCCUGCUGCACUUGAAGGUAAUGAUAUUAUUGGUUUAGCCCAGACUGGUUCCGGUAAGACUGCUGCCUUUGCGAUUCCAAUUUUGAACAAACUUUGGGAGGACCAACAACCCUACUAUGCAUGUAUAUUAUCGCCAACAAGAGAAUUAGCCCAACAAAUUAAGGAAACUUUUGAUUCCCUUGGGUCAUUGAUGGGUGUUCGUAGUGUUUGUGUAGUUGGUGGUAUGAAUAUGAUGGAUCAAGCCAGAGAUUUAAUGAGAAAACCACAUAUUAUUAUUGCCACUCCAGGUAGAUUGAUGGACCAUUUAGAAAAUACUCGUGGGUUCUCUUUAAGAAAAUUGAAGUUUUUAGUUAUGGAUGAAGCUGAUAGAUUAUUAGAUAUGGAGUUUGGCCCUGUCUUAGAUAAGAUUUUAAAGAUUUUACCUGUUCAAGGUAGAACCACUUACUUAUUCUCUGCUACUAUGACUUCAAAGAUUGACAAAUUACAAAGAGCAAGUUUGACUAACCCAGUUAAAUGUGCAGUAUCUAAUAAAUACCAAACUGUCGAUACUUUAGUUCAAACAUUGAUGGUUGUCCCUGGUGGUCUGAAGAAUACUUUCUUGAUAUAUCUAUUAAAUGAGUUCAUUGGUAAAACAAUUAUCAUUUUCACAAGAACCAAAGCAAACGCGGAAAGAAUUUCAGCAUUAUCUAACUUACUAGAAUUUAAUGCUACGGCAUUACAUGGUGACUUAAAUCAAAAUCAAAGAACUGGGGCUUUGGAUCUUUUCAAAGCUGGGAAAAGAGCCAUUCUUGUGGCUACAGAUGUUGCUGCAAGAGGUUUAGAUAUCCCUUCUGUGGAUAUUGUUAUCAACUACGAUAUUCCCGUUGAUUCUAAAUCUUAUAUCCAUCGUGUGGGUAGAACUGCGAGAGCCGGUAGAUCAGGUAAAUCUAUUUCAUUAGUCUCUCAGUAUGAUCUUGAAUUAAUCUUAAGAAUUGAGGAGGUCUUAGGGAAGAAACUACCAAAGGAAAAUGUGGAUAAGGAUAUAAUUUUAUCAUUAAGAGAUUCCGUGGAUAAAGCAAAUGGUGAAGUUGUUAUGGAGAUGAACAGAAGAAAUAAGGAAAAACAAGCCAGAGGUCAAGGUAGCAGAAGAGGAAGAAUGAUGUCUAGGGACAACAUGGAUAGAGGAGAACGUUAA